CUUUUCAAUUUAGUUUCAGUUGAUUCGCAGAUCUGUGAAUAUCUAUUAGGUUUUAGUUGAUGAUCAAUUACAGUGUAAACAUCAUAUAAUUGUGAUCGUGAAUAGAUUAAAAAGACAUUUUCGAGUUUAGAAAGAGACUAAAAUUAUCGUGAAUUUAUAAAUUGAAAAAGAAAUAACUCUUCUUUGGUGAUAUUUCAAUAAAACUCGAUAAAAAUGAUGAAAGUUGUGGUGUUGCAACAUCAAUUACCUAUGCCUAAUCUGGCCAAUUCAUUUUUUCCCACUAAUCCAAGUCUGGAGGAUGAAUUGCGACGACUUUUUGUCAACUUUAGUCUUCAGUGUCAACAAAAUCAAUCCCAAGAUGUAACACCCAGUGUUGAAGAAAUAAGAGAUGAAUUUCGUCAAAAUGGCAAAGACUACGAAUAUUGUCCAGAAUUAGAAACUGGAGAGCUUCCAGAAUGUACUUAUCGUCGUAAAAGGAAGAAGCCACUUCCAACAGAGUGUGUUUUCUGUAAAAAUAAUGGAGAAGAUGCUUCAUACUACAAAAAACAUAUUCUUAAAGAUGCUGAUGGAAUUGUCAAGUGUCCCGUCCUGAGGGAAUAUAAAUGUCCAAUAUGUGGAACAUCGGGCGAUCAUGCUCACACAAUCAAGUACUGUCCGAUGAAUAAAAACCCCGAAGUGGUGCCGAUCAUCAACACGCUGAAGGAGAUGAGGAAUUCAACAGGAAAAAAACGCACCAACGGGUUUUCUUUUCAUCGCUAGAGGAAAAAAUAAAUUAGGCCCCUGGUGGAUAAUGUAAACCUACCAAGAUGAUAGGAUCCAUCGACAAUCAUGCUUAUUAGAAGUAGUUUGUAUACCUAGUAAUACAGUUAUAAUGUUAGUAGUAGUUGUUAAAAUAGUACUUAACUAUUGAUAUGAAGUAUAUUUUUUAUAUAAACGAUUUAUAUAAAAAUUUAUACGACACACGAAAUCAUUAGAAUUAAGAAGACAAAAGAGUUAUUUAAUUUUAUAUAUAGCGUUACUUGAUAAUCAUGGAAACCAAAUAUUUAAGUACCAAAAAUUAAAAUCAAGCUUAAAUGAAGAUUUAAAAAAAAAGAAAUCAAAAUUAUGACAGUUGAUGAGAAUGAAAGUUUAUUUUUUUGACUGAAAUUCUGGAAUAUUUUAUAAAAAUUUCAUCUUUCUAAAACUCAAUAGUUUAACACUUGAGAAUAAUUAUGAUUAUAAUUUGAAACCAUACUUCUUAUUGAUAAUAGAUAUCAUUUAGAAAUAUGUUUCGUUCAUUUAACUCAAAACCAAAACACUUCUUUAGUAUUUUUUACUUAAUUUUAAAAAUAACAAAAAGUAGUAAUUUUAAACUUUAUAAAUCUCUCAAUUAUUAAAUCGAGUAAUCAACCAAUAAAAAAUAUCUAUUUAACAAGUAAACAUGAUUGAACAAAAUAAUUACGUAUUAAUGUUUCUAAAGUAUUGAUUAAAUACAACAGUUACAUGAUUAAAAAAAAUCAAUGAAGUAAAAGUUUAAUCAUCUCAACAACGUAUUAAAAUAGUUGAGUGUUUUUUCCUACACUCUAGAUAUUUCAUGAGUUAAUAUUCCUUAUCAAAUCGUAAAAAUAUCAAAAAAUGAUCAUUCAGUUCUGAGAUUAAUCAAAAAGGUUACUUUUUUCUUAUGACGUACAAUAUACAAUAAUGUUUCGAGAAAUGAAGGAUGAUAUAAAUAUUGAGUGUUUAGUAUUUUUGAGACUAAAAUAAUAUUAGUUAUUAAAGAUUAUUAGAUAAUCAGAGAUUCUUGAGAAUCAGAGAUGAGAGACAAAGUAGAUUUAAAUACGAAACAUAAUUAAGUUGAGAUUAAAAAAAAA